AUGGCGGGGAGGGCCAGCAUCCCCACUAACAACUCCGCCCUCAUCGCAAUCAUCGCCGACGAGGACACCGUCACUGGCUUCUUGAUGGCCGGCGUUGGCAAUGUUGAUCUGCGCAAGAAAACCAACUACCUCCUCGUCGACAACAAGACGACAGUUAAACAAAUUGAGGAUGCGUUCAAAGAAUUUACUACAAGGGAGGAUAUUGCUGUUGUGCUCAUCAGUCAGUAUAUUGCCAACAUGAUAAGAUUUCUGGUGGAUAGCUACAACAAGCCAGUCCCUGCUAUUCUGGAGAUCCCGUCCAAGGACCAUCCAUAUGAUCCAGCGCACGACUCGGUGCUCUCUCGAGUGAAAUAUCUGUUCUCUGCAGAAUCAGUGGCGUCUGAUAGGCGAUGA